GUGGGCGCGGACUGGCAUACUGGGCCUGGCGGCACCGGCAGCGGGGCUGCGUAUGUUUUCCGCGGUGGAGACUGGGUGCAGGAGGCGAAGCUCGUGGCCAGCGACACCACGGCCUUCGACCGCUUCGGUUCCGCCAUGGCCAUCUCCGGAUCCUACGCUCUUGUGGCAGCCUGGGACCCGGACGCGGUGGGGGCGGUCUACAUCUUCGAGAGGGCGCAGGGAGGAUGGACAGAGGCCGCUCGCUACGAACCCACCGGCAACUCCACGGAGGGAGACAUGUAUGGAAGCACAGUUGCGCUGUCCGGGAACACAGCCGUGGUCGGAGCUCACUGGGAUGACGCAGAGGACGUCAACGGUGGGGCAGCCUACAUCUACACUCGGAAUGCCACGAGCUGGGAUCAAGGCACCAAAAUCCAUGCCUGGGACGGUACCGACAAGGAGGAUCGCUUCGGGAUUGCCGUCGACAUCUCAGGCAACACCAUGAUCGUGGGUGCUUACUUUGACAGCGACCAUGGCGUCUGGAGUGGUGCAGCUUACGUCCUGAUGCAGGUGGACGGGCUUUGGAGCUUCCAAGAGAAGGUGGUGUCGAGCAACGCAUCUGCCGGGCAUUACUUCGGGAGGUCUGUGGGUGUCUGGGACAGUCAGUUGGGGCCUUUCACCAUUGCCGUGGGGGCGCCGGGUGCGAACAGCAGCUUCGUGUUUGAAGGAGGGUUACCAACCUCGACAACAACCACGACGAGAACUAGCAGCACAACGAUCACCAGCACCAGCAGUCUUAGCAGCACCAGCAGCAGCACCACUUCGCACACAUUCACGAGUACGACAACUCGGUCCUCGACUGUGACGUCGUCAACGUCUAUGACUUCAACUACAACAGCUUCAACCUCUGUCACAACCACCACGAGCAGCACAUCAGUGUCCACCACAAACACAAUGACAACAAGCACAUCAAGCUCAGCAACGAGGACCAGUAGCACAACAUCUUCCAUGACUCUGACCUCAUCCACGCGAACAAAGACCAGUGGAACGACCACCUCACUGACCUUGACAUCUAGCACAGACACCAGCUCUGUGUCAAGCACUACAAGCGCGAGCAGAACCACAACAACCAGCGAAAGCAGCACCACAAGCGAAAGCACCUCGAGCACAACAACUUCGACUUCUAGCCUUUCUGGCGCAGAAGGUUCGAGUGGUGGUAGUGGUGGAACUGGUGGUUCAACUGGUGGUUCAACUGGUGGUUCAACUGGUGGUUCAACUGGUAGUGCAACAGGAGGCACAACCGAUGGGUCUGGGGGUACCAGUGGAGGCGGGACUGGAGGCGGAUCUGGUGAAGGUGGGACUGGAGGUGCAGAUGGGGAUGCCUCUGGAG